AGGCUCUAUUGCUCGCUCCAACUCCAACUAUAGCGAGGCGGAACCAUCUUUCCCGUCGCUGGAUCUUCGAUUCUGGUGUCAUUCGAGAUUUCGACUCCGAUGCUCUUUUUAUGAUCAAUGAGGUUGGGUUGUUCCGGUGGUAGCUCUUCAGCUGUUCCGUGAAGCACGAGAACCGGUCGCAACAACAUUGCCUCAAAGUCGGAUUGAUCACCAAUCGAAGCAACAUCACGUUGGCUUCCUUCCUGUUGUAUAGUAGCUAGCUAGGGGGUUUGCUUUGCUGUGCUUGACUGCGCCAACAGUGCUAUCAUGUUGGAUCAAGAGGAGCAGCGGCAGCAGUAUUAUCGCGUACAGCGACGACGCAAUGACGAAUUCGUCGAUGCUUCCCAGCAACAGCAGAAGAAAGGGAUGAAUCAGUAUAUGAAGAAAAAAAUCUCCAAGAGCCACAUGCAAGUCAUCGAUAGUGAAUCAUCUUCCGGUCUCCAUCGUCAUCCCCCGCCGCAGGCGCCAAAGAGACAUUCAACUCGUCGAAUUCCGAUCUCGAACGACAGCAAUGUUAGCUAUCCCAGCCGUUCUCUCCUAGAUGAUGCCAGUAGUGGUCGUACUUCGGCAGAGCAAUCCCACAAUUACAGUGUGCAACAAUCAAAGCGACACGGUGAAGACAGCAAUGAGUCAACGGCGUCCCGUACAGGUGAUCGCACCAAUUCCACAGGCACCAGUGUUGUCAGCAGCGCCGUCAGUGGCCGUGCCUCCAACAUGAGUGCUUCCAACAAUACUGAUACUUCCAACCAGCCUAUUGGCAGCAAUGGAUCCUUCACCACCAAUGCCAGCAGCGAACUAUGUUUGCCACUUCCCGUAUCUAGAAUGCCUCAUGUCAAGAAAAUAUUCGGACGGGAAGACGAGCUCGAAGCCUUGCAAAAGCAACUAGACCAAGGAGCGACCAUGACCUGUAUUAAUGGAACGGGGGGUGCAGGGAAAUCACAUUUAGCAAUUCAUGCCUGCAGGGAAUGGCUCGAAGAAAGACCUCUUUCACGAUUUGUUAUAUGGAUCAAUGCCGCCACGGAAUGGACCUUGCGGAUCAGUUACUUGGAGGCUUUGCAACAAGUUUUGAUGGGGAAGGUCAAGGCGGAGGACGAUGAUGGUGCAGAUCGAGGGGAAAUCAUUAUCGUCGCCGAACUGUUGCACAGACAACUUGAACAGCAGAGGAGGAAAGAACUAGCCAAAGAAGCCGCAAGGGAGCAACGACGACUUCGACAAAACAACAACGUUAGCGCCGCUACUAGUACAGGCAGCCGACCCAGCAGCAAACAGAGCACCAACAUGAACUCUGCCUGCCCUGUCUUCUCUCAUGACACGGAAGAUCUUGAUGGCGACGAUGCGACUUCUGCAAUGACACCCAGUGGCUACGACGACUCGCUGGAUGUCAAGGUCAUGGAUACCAAGACAUUGGCAAACUUGUUGUGGGAUUCCUUGCUGCAAGGGGUGUCGCAAGCAUAUCAAUGGAUUGUGGUUGUUCAAAACGUUCCGGGUGGCAUGGGAGGAGUCAAGGGAGCUCAAGGACUGAAACCCUUCUUCUUCCCGACGGCUAGUACCCCAGUCGAAGAAUGGAUGCAAGGGCGCAUUCUUUUCACGACACGCCAUCAGGAUUUUAAAGGGAAAACGUGCUUGGGGCCUAUUCACUCGCUACGAGUGGGUCGGUUGGAGGAAGAAGCCGCAGUUUGCAUGCUUGUAGCCAACACUGUCUUUGAUGGGGAUUGGGAAAUGGGGCGCAAGAACUUGGAUUCCAAGCGAAAGGACGAAAUAUUUGAGGACGCGAAGAGGGUUGCGUACAAGAUGGUCGGUCCACAUUAUUUGGAUGGCUCGCCCCUGAUGAUUGCAACCGCUGCCGGGCAUAUCGUCAGCACACAAGUUACGUUGAGGGAUUACUAUGCAUUGCUGAAGCGUCACGUUGCGACCGUGUUGGAGGCUCGAGGUUACGGUAAAGGCAAAGUCCAAAGCAGUAUGAAAAGGGAAGCCUCCAUGUCCGUGUGCUUGGAACAAGCCAUAGACAACGCAAAUCAUAAAGGCUUGACAGACAUUUUGUCUUCGGCGGCCUUCUUAUGCGCUGACAACAUCCCGUUGCAUCUUCUUGGUGGCGAUGAAGAACGCGUUCAGUCUCUAUGCGACUUGAACUUACUCACGCAAGUCGGAAAGGAUACUUACGCGAUUCAUCGCAUCCAUCAACGAACCGCCGUGGACGCUAUCAUUGCCGUUGCAAAAAGCACCAAUGGAUCUGGCAGCUCGGCCUAUGGCAAAGGCAUCAAUGAUUCUUUGGGCUGUGAUUCAGGGCAAUCUGCGAAAGAAGAGUUCCUUUGCGCUCCUGAUCAUGCUGUCCGAGCGUUACGUUCUGCCAUGUCGAACUUUGUUGCCGAAAACGCUUCUACAUGGGGACGCGCUCGCUCCUGUAUUCCGCAUGUCGAAGCCAUUCGCAUUCAUCAUGACCUGCUUCACGGAAAAAAGGAACUCCCACCGAGCUUCAAUCACAAUUUCUAUGCUGAAAUCAUCAGCAACAGCGCAUCAGUAAUGCAGUGGGCAUUGAAAGAUAGGCCUGCGGCCUUCUCAAUGUUCUCAGAAGCUUUAAGGCUUCAGCGUCGCCUGUUCCGCUUGGUCCCUUCAGAUGACAUUAUCAGCACAACCAACAGUUCGAAUGGGAAAACAGACCUGGCUGCUGGUCUGUCCAAGACUUUGGCGUCGCUAGGGAAUUUGUCAGAAGCAGCUGAAGUUGCCCUCAAGUAUUACAAAGAGGCAUUGGAUGUCUUCCUCCAGGCUUUUGGAGACGACACCAAGUCCAUCGAGCUGAUGUCGCUUUACAUUCUGCUCGCUGGCACUGAAGAGAAGCUUGAGCACAGCGACGCUGCGUAUGAUUUAUACAAGCAGGGGCUUGAGUUAUACUUCACCAUCUAUGGACAUAAUCAGAAUAUCUAUGCCGACGACCAAAAGCUCUUCCUGGCCGAAACAUUGCAGAAGAUUGGCACUCUUUCUCAUCAUCAAAUGCAACGACACGCAGAGGCGGAGCUCUAUUUAGAGGGUACCGUGAGUUUGCUCCGGCAUGUCUUUGAAGGAACCAACGAAAGGAGGGAAGAUCUUGCAGAUGCUCUUGAAACUCUAGGGAGCAUAUGUCAUGCUCAAGGUCAAAUUGAGGAUGCAAGGCGACACUACAAGAAUGCACUAAAAUUGAAGAAUUCAAUUCAGGGCGACCGAAGAGACCUUGACAUCGGCAACAGAUACAACUUGAGCAAUGACAGUAACGAAGAUGCCGGAGUCGCGAGAAGUCAAGAUGACACAACGAGCAAUGCAAGUGGUUCGGAAAUUGGUUCAGGAGUACGUCUUCAGACUCUAAAGAACGACAAUGAUGAGGAUGUUUUCGACUUAGAGUUGGUUCAGGUCAGCAGCCAAGACCGCCAUCGCAUGACUGCUGUAAGAGACGUGAAGCUAGCCAAAACGCUUCAUAGACUUGGUGUUUUGGCAUGGAAUCUUGGCAGCUUGAAACAAGCAGAAGAUUACUUUGAGAAGGCGCUGGCAUUGCAGCAGAGUGGUUAUGGUACUGAAGCAAAGAACGAAGACCUCGCAAUAACUCUCUUUUCCCUUGGAGGGCUGUGCAAUGAUCUACACAACAACCAAGUGAAGGCAUGCGCUUACUACCGAAAAGCUUUGGACUGCUACUAUUUUGUGUAUGGUGAAGAUGCCCAAAACGAAAGCAUCGCCCAGCUUCUACAUGCACUUGGUCAGUCGUCACAAGUGCUGAAAAAACCAACGGAAGCCAAGGCUUACUUGAAAAAGGCGCUGGCCAUGAAAUACAUCGUGUACGGUGGAGAUGACAAGAUCAACGCAGACUUGAUGGCGACAUUGAUGGAUCUCGGGAAAGUAUCACGGGACCUCCAAGACAAUGAAGAUGCAAUUUUCUACUACAGGUCAGCCUUGAUGGGACUCUAUUUCAUCCAUGGCAGAGACUCCUACAGCACAGAGAUAGCCUCGACCUUGACGCAACUAGGUGGGCUCUCCUACAACUCUGGGCUCCUUGAUGAUGCCAAGGAUUACUUCGAGAAAUGCCUCCAUAUGAAAUACCACUUGUACGGGCACGAUGCGGUCAACGAUGACAUUGCAUCUACCCUCAACAAUCUUGGAAGUCUGAACGCGAGACUCAAGAACUACGAAGAAGGCUUCAGAUACUACGAGCAAGCUCUCCAGCAAUACAACCUCAUCAAUGAACAAGACGGUGACGACGACAACAAGGAUGACAUUGAUAGCCACCGAGCACGUACUCUUCACAACUUGGGCCUGCUCUCAUUCAAUUUGAAGCAGUUUGAUGCCGCCGAACGAUACUAUGCAGAUUCACUCAAGAUCAAGAGCGAAGUGUUCAAGGAUGUGGAAGAUUCGCCUGAGCUCGCACUGACUCUGACGAAGCUUAGCAGCGUGGAAACCAAACGAGGAAAGUUUGAGGCGGCAAAGUACUACCAGGAUCAAGCCCUGAAGAGGUCACCCACCUUUCUUGAAACUCACCAAAACCUCAUAAACAAAUCCUUGCUGCCGGCGACGGCAGAAGAGGCUGCGGCAUUGAUGACUCUGAUCCCCAACCAUAUCAGCCCGGAGACUGAAAACAUGCUGAAAGGAUUGGAUUUCUGGAAGCACCAAGAAGACGAGGUCAGGGAACAGGCUUCGAAGCAGUGUUGGAUUCCUUUUAAGAACAGUGCACUCAAGAGGAAGAGACCGAGACUUCGCCUGAAGAAGCUCCUUGGGCGUCGCUCUAGUAGUAGAAAUGCAUCUGAAGCAGGUUCAGAAGGCAGGCCAGCCAACUUGCAAGAAGCAGAUCAUGUCCCUUGAGUACUCACCUCUUUCGCUGCUUCACAAUGCCUACUCUCACUACAGUACUUCAAUGGCAAGGUCAUGAGACCGCGGACUGGAUGAGGCACAAUGAAUGCUUGGCUGGUCUGGCAUUGGAGUCUUUCUCCAAGCACACCUACUCACCAAACAAAGCUGGAUAUGGGACAUCAUCGUAGCUAGCUAACUAGUGUCUGCUUUCAAUAUGCCCACCUUCCCAAUCAACAUCCUUGCUCGUCCAUCAUUUUACUCACUGUUACUUUUCCACCACCACUAAAUAGGGCUCUAAAUAGUCUGGCUAGGUAGAUGUGCAACCAACCCCGCCAAUAGAGCCCUCACAACUCACAACCACAGCCAGGCAGCACACUGAAUGCCCCCGAUCUGGCAUUGAAGUCUUCCAAGCAAACUGCUGCUGCUUUCUCUUGAUCGUCUUGGAUAGGGGACUACAGCGUACUAGCUAGCACCUUCCCCAGCACUGAAUAUCCUCGCUCGUCACUCAUUUUACUCACUUACUUUUCCACCAUGGUGAAAACGAACUCAAUAGGUAGAGGUACCAGCUACGAGCUCUGCCGGUAGAGCCCUCGCAACCACGCCGUCUUGGCAUCGGAACAGUGAUCGCAUUAUCGCAUUAUUUCAGGCCACCGUGGUUGUCAUUGCUCUCGCAAAGGUACUAGCUAGCUAGUAUCCCCUCCCUCAUUGGUCAACGACCCGACGCACCAUCUAAGAAGCAGACCGAAAGCAAGACUCUCGUUCUUCCCUUACAGGCUCCUCUUCCUCGCAGCUCGCAGCACACGAAAGAUCUACCAGGUUGCACGAGGGGAAGCGAUGUCAGGCUCGUGCAAGACCUUGGCCCUACCAGCACAAAGCUACGACGAUGCAGUUCCUCGCAUUGGUAACUGUUUCUGGUGACCCUCGCGACGACGUGGCCGUUUCAGACGAAGAAAGCCCACCUCCUCCUACUAGCUAGCUGGCCAGAUCUGCAAUCCUGCAAUCCUUUUCGGUUGGAAAGGAUCGCUCAAGAUCGACAGGAAUUACUAGUAGUUUAAUUAAUUUGCUUGCGCCACAGUCCACAUGUUCCAUGGAGCCUGUCCCGCUUUCGCAUCCCCAGGUAUUUUCUGCUCCGGUAUCUUCUUGACCAUUACGGGUUGCUCAGGAGCUUGGCGUUGCAAAAACGGAAACAAGCAUCAUCUGUGAUGAGAGCGAUCCAGAAUCCUCCCUCUGGAACAAACAGCCGGGUCGUCUUCGUCAUUGCUGGUUUUGGUUUGCGGUUUGCUGGUGUGGGGGACUACACGUGUAGACGUGUAGACAGCUACGAGUACUCGAGUAAGCUUCUUCCAAUUAAUUAAGCCUCUUCCAAGACCACCAUCUUGUCUUGGUGUGUGACUGAAAGAUUCAAAAGAGAACAGUCUUGGAGCUUCUUGGUGGAGCAAAGUGUUAACAGUAUUCGGAGUAACUACAUUAAAGGGCUUUAAUUAAGUUACAUGUACACUAAAUAAUUACCUAAGCAGUGAGUAACAUUAAGUAAAGUAACCGCGUCAAAGGUUCAUGAAGAAGACUGCCUUUCCAAGUUGAAGUGAACAGCUGGAUAUUCGGAGUUCAAGAAUGACCUAAAGCGUGGUAAAUACGAGUAAUAAAUAAUUCAUCAGAGUUCACGUCUUCAGUUCUCUACAUUGAAUUUUUUGACCCUUUCAG